AUGUAUCGCGAUGUCUCACUAAAGAGUUUGAGGUCCCAAACAAACAUUGCAGAAGCUCCAAUAACAGAGGUUUUAUCAAUGCUGCGUGACGCUGCUGGUAGAGUAGAAGGUGAACCUGCUCAGCUUGUGAAAGAUGCUGUAAAAGUGCUCUCCAGUCAUGAAUAUGCUCCAGCAAUAACAAGAUUCCGUGAUGGAGAUCGUAUGGCUAACCAAUACUAUGAUGGCUUGAUCAGACUUCAUCAUCCAGCCAGACAACGGAAACGGAGUGUUGUUGAUGCGUUCAGGGACAAACGAGGGUCACAAGGAGAACGAAGACGGGUUUCAGCGGAUGUUAAAAAUGCUCUGGAGAAUGAUAACACAUGGUCAUUCGAUAUCCUACAAUUAGAAAAAGUCACUGAACAUCAUGCUCUUACUCAAUUAGGCAUGAAGGUGUUUGAUCGAUGGAAGGUUGCUGAUCUCUUAGGAUGCAAUGAAGAAGUUAUGCACAGAUGGUUGGCUACAAUCGAAGCGCACUACCACUCUGGAAAUGCAUACCACAAUGCUACUCAUGCUGCAGAUGUUCUUCAGGCCACAUCAUACUUCCUCGAAUCAUCAUCGGUGGCUGGAUAUGUUAGUGAGAACCAUGCUGUUGCAGCACUGAUUGCUGCAGCCGUACACGAUCUCGAUCACCCGGGUCGAGGAAAUGCAUUUUUGAUCAACACGAGACAAUCAUUAGCUGUCCUUUACAAUGAUCAUUCCGUUCUUGAAAAUCAUCAUGUUGCCCUAGCUUUUCAACUUACCCUCCAACAAAGUAACAAUGUCAAUAUCUUCGGACAGUUGUCCCGAGAAGAGUUCCACGCCAUGAGAAUGGCAAUAGUCGAAAUGGUACUAGCAACAGAUAUCAGCAGGCAUUUCGAAUAUCUGGAUAAGUUCAACAAAGUUGCUUCAAUGAAUGCUAAUGACAUAUCUGAUGAUAUCCGUGACUCUCAUUCUUUAACAGUCUGUAAUAUGCUUGUGAAGUGUGCGGAUAUUUCUAAUCCUACAAGAGAAUGGGCCCUUUGCCAGAAAUGGGCUCACAGGAUUGUUGAAGAGUAUUUUGAUCAGACGAGAGAAGAAAGGGAAAAAGGAUUACCCGUCACAAUGGAAGUGUUUGAUCGAAAGACUUGUAAUGUUCCGAUCACACAAUGUGGAUUUAUCGAUAUGUUCGUGCGUGAAGCUUUCACAACAUUUUCUGAUUUCGCAGAACUGGAUCAUCUCCUUACUCAGCUGGAAUCUAAUUAUAAACAGUGGAAAGCUCAGAAAGAGUCUUGGACUCCAGCUAAUAACUCGAACCUACAAAUUUAG